ACAUCGCUACCGUGUUGUUGACGGCUGGCUAAAAUGGCUGCAGCAGCAUCAGCGACGGCUCUCGUAGAGACCUCUUCGGGUAAAGAUGCUGUCGCAGAGGGGCUGGUCGACCUCCUGAAACCCGCUAUCCAGCAGCUGGACCUGCAUGUGCACUCAGUCAGAGAAAGCCAAGUGGAGUUACGAGAACAUAUAGACAACCUGGCCACAGAGUUAUGCAGGAUAAAUGAGCAUCAGAAGGUGGCUCUAGACUUGGAUCCUUAUGUAAAGAAGCUGCUGAAUGCAAGACGUCGAGUAGUGCUGGUGAACAACAUACUGCAAAAUGCUCAGGAACGUCUGAGGAGACUCAACCACAAUGUGGCCAAGGAGACGGCACGAAGGAAGACCAUGCUGGAGGCUUCAGGAGUGUUCACCACCCGUUCCCCCAGCAAACCCUGAGCCUCCUCCUCGUCCUCUUCCUCCUCCUACUCUUGCUCUGCACAGCAAAUACUGGGAACUCUCCCUGACCCGGGAGGGACACAUCAGUACAGGAAACUGUAACACGAGGAGGACAAGGCUUCCUUUGACUGUUGGUUAGCUGUUUGUCUAAUGACAUCCUGAUGUCUUGCACUGUUUUUGUCGGACGUUGUGUCAAAAUAAAACUCUGCGCUGCUAUCUGCUAAGUGUCCGGCAGCUGCAAAUAUGUCUAAUCCUAAAUAUGACAGCUUUGCAGUAUCAGAUCAUACAUAUAAUAUAACACACACACAGGCACCAAAAGGUAACGUUAUUUGUGGUGUCUCUCUUCCGAUCGAGUCGACGAGUGUUCCUGUAAUGUCACUCGGCAUGCAGGAAAGAUGACAACACAUGGUGUGAGUAAUCUUGUGGACCAAAAUAACAGAUACUUGUUUCACUGCCGGGAGCUGUGUCCUAAUGUCGCUUCGGUCUUCUGCUCUCUGGCUUUUGGGUAAUGCAUGGUCACAAAUAUGAGCUGAAUAUCUUACUAUGAAGUUUAAGUUAAAGGGGCUGUUAUUCUGUCACUUAUCAUCUGACUAUCUUAGCUUCACCAGACACAACAGAAUAAUAAACCUCAACAUGGAUGUAUUGCACACUAUUAUUGCACUGGGAGUAGGUGUGUCUGAUGAUCAGCCAGUAUUCCCUGGGGCAAUGCGAUUAUUAUCAUAAUUUUAUCUGUGUUGCUACGCGAUUACUGUUGUUAUUGUGAUCUUCAUCGUGUUCUGCAAUCUUUCCACCAUUGUUCACAUUAGCACAUUGUUGUACAAUUUGUAAUUCAGUCACUGAGAUCAUCAGCUUUGACAGUAAUUUGACAAUGUGAUGCAACGUUGAUAAUGAUUUCAGUUCCACCGAUAAAUGAAAGUUAGAAAGAACAUCAUCAACAUCUUGACAUUUCAUGUUUAUUUGCACUUGCACUUGCACAGUGAUAGUAAUAAUUUUUGAAUACUUCAGUCAUACAUCGUAUUGUAGCACAUAUUCCCCGUUGUUUACUUUCAGUUUACUGCUACUGCAGAAGAUUUAAAACUGUCAGAUAUACGGUAACAUACAACACACAUAUGAUUAUUUGUGUCUGUUAGUUUAUUUUAUUGGAAUUUCACAAUUUUGUAAUUUUGACACUAGAUCAUAGCAUUGCCUUCAGAAGAUACAAAAUACAUUGUGAAGUAUUUAAAAUGUUAGACAUUAGACAGUUAAAUCUGCUCAGACAUAGUGACCUCUACACAAGUUUAGGUGAUUCCUACAGGCUGGUCCAGACUAAACCCCCUGUGCAGUUUGGAUUUCAUCUUCUGAGGAUAUGGGAGUUGGGUUUAAGUGAUCAUGUUACCCAGACAUCACAGGUUUAAACCUGUCCUAAACUUUAAAGCUCGGCCAAGCUAGUGACAGAGCAACAGCCCCGAAGAGUGUCAUUAUAAACUGCAGACAUGCUGCUGUCCUCUGUGUUUGUUCUCUCUGUAAAGCUCUGCUGACGUAAAGGUGCCGUAACAAAUCAACACAACGCUAAAUGGUAGUAAACUGCUUUAAUAUUACACGAUGAAAUGAAACUUAUUGUGCAGAAUGAUGACGAUAACGCGACAUAAUGCUUGUGAUUUUGUAUGACAUUCACUGCUUCUUUAUGAACGUUUAUAAAAUAUACAUUAACGCCA